ACCACACCAAACAUCUAGCAAGUUUCAAACUUCUUCUCUACAGCCAGCUUUUCAUUUUCACAAUGAGCUCCGUCAGUGAAGCAACUACAAAAUUUGCCCUUGACUUUUUCAAAGAACUGAACAAAGAUCGUCCAUCUGACAAUAUCAUCUAUUCUCCUUUGAGUAUCUCAGCUGCCCUGGGCAUGGUCCUUUUGGGGGCCAGAAGUAAUACUGCCACCCAGAUAGAAAUGGCACUUCACUUCCUUCAAUUUGCAGAACAUGAAAAUCCAGGAACAGGAAGCUCUUCUGAAGCAACAAGAAGUGAUGACAAUUCAGAGAGAAGUCACAGACGACCUCUUCAUCCCGGACUGCUGGUUCCUGAUGAUCAGUGUGAUAUACCCGGAGGGAUUCAUUCCCAGUUUCAUGACAUCUUCUCAGCAAUCAACAAACCUACCACUUCUUACGAGCUGGCUAUUGCCAACAGACUGUAUGGAGAAAAGACAUUCAAUUUUCUUCAGCAAUACCUAUCCUGCAUACAAAAGUUAUACCAGGCAGAAUUGGAACCAGUUGAUUUUCAGAAUGCUGCAGAGGAAACCAGAGAACAGAUAAAUUUGUGGGUUGAAACCUUUACAAAUGGUAAAAUCAAGGAUCUCUUUGCCCCACACACUCUUUCUGCUCAGACUAUGUUAGUUCUCGUGAAUGCUGUCUACUUCAAAGGGAAAUGGGAAGUGGAAUUUAAGAAAGAAAAUACAGAAGAAAGACCUUUUCAGAUUAACGAGACUACAAGCAUACCUGUGCAGAUGAUGUACCAUAAGGGCAAGUAUAAAAUAGCUACGAUAGAGGAACAUAAUUGUCAGGUGCUUGAACUCCCGUACAAGGAUGGUGACCUGAGUAUGUAUAUACUGCUGCCAAAAGACUACACGGGUCUAACACAGCUGGAAGAGGAACUUACCUCUGAGAAAUUAACAACUUGGAUCAGCCCCUAUUAUAUGAAAGAAGAUGAAGUGGCGGUGUCUCUUCCUCAGUUCAAAAUUGAGACAGUAGCUCAACUCAACCAAUAUUUAGAAGCUUUAGGAAUAACUGAUGUGUUUAGCCAUGGAUCAGAUUUAUCUGGAAUAGCAGAAGCAGGUGGCCUGUCUGUUAGUGAAGCUGUCCAUAAAGCUUAUAUAGAGGUCAAUGAAGAGGGCACUGAGGCAGCUGCUGCAACUGGAAUUGGCAUAGGUGUGACCUCAGUCAGACCACAAGUAGAGUUUGUGGCUGAUCACCCUUUCCUCUUCUUUAUCAGACACCAGGAAACUGAAUGCAUUCUCUUCUAUGGUAGAUUCUCUUCCCCUUAAGAAAAUUUCUAAUUAACAUGAAUGAGAUUCUGGACCGCGGAACCAUGAUAUGGAAAAUACAAUGGAAAUGUUUAUUUUCUUCGUUUUUCUCUUUUCCUUCCACUGUAUCUAGCCAGUGACUCCAUAGUUAUAUACUCAUAGCAGGACUCAUGUGACAUUCUUUUGAUGAACGAGUCCUACAUUGUCUGUUUCUCUCCCUCACAAGCUUGCUUCUGGUUCCUACUUAAAGAAUGUCCCGUUCUCUCAGCACCUGAGGAAGGGCACCUCUGCUAAGUCCCAGCUCAAUAGGAAUCACCUUGAACCAGAGCUUUGAAAAUUACUAGUGAAGUAGAGCUAUGAAUUUUCUUAAUCAUCCUGAACUGAAUGGAUAUCGACACAAACAUUGACCAAACACUUGCAGUGGAGAACCUGGCCCAGAGUUACAGCAAUGUAAUGGUGAAGAAUCAGGCUCAUUGUUCUCAGCCAUUGUUAUUGCCCUUCUGUCACCUGUACUCACAGCGAGUUGUGCUUACUUCAUAAGGAAUCCUGCUGAAGUGAGUAGGACUACUGUGGAGGAAGGCACUGCUCAAUGUGAUGUGGAGCAGAGGGAGAAGGGAGAGCUGCAAAACAGAGUCUGAUUUCUUAGUACUUGAAUAUAAAGUUAACACUGUACACGGAUACAAACUCCUACAGACAGGGUGUGAAUUAGGGAUGCUGUGGGAACUUUGUACUUCCUGACACCUGCAUUGAUAAUUAACACAAAUGUUGCUGUGACCCAAGAACCUCUUAAUACCAACUGGCAAGGGGGUGCAGAGGAUUCCAGGUUCUCCUGACUCUCGAGCAAAAGAAUGUCACGUGAGGCCAGAAAUAAGAGUCGGUGUUGAACUAUUCAUCAAUAUUGUUAUGAAAUGUAUGUAAGAAUACUAUGUAAGGAGUGAUGUAUGUAUACGGAACAUAUGUUCUUAAAGUCUGUCUGAGGGUUGGUCACCAGCAAAGGUAAAAAACAGGUUUUUUGUCAGACAAGAGGUGUUUAGCCAUCUGUUUAUUUAGAUGUAAACUGAAUGUUGUCUCAUUCACAAUGGGUCUCCUAUCACCAGUCUGAACUGAAUGCAAAUGAAGGAUUGUGAGAACUUCAGAAUGGAACUAAAAGGAAGAAAAGAGCAGGGAGGGAGAACCUUAUCUUGAGGUGCACCUCAAAGGUUUGUUCUACUAUAUUUGGGGGGCAAAGAAGAUACCCAGGCAUCGCUCAGCUAGGAAGUAAAUGGACAGCAGAUUUGCAUCAUGAAAGUGGGAUCUCAGCCAGGCUGGGCUGAAAACACUGGAGAGAACUUUGGGUGAGAUAAGCUUCUUUAUCAGCAGGUCAACCUGUUAGUUAAGUUUAGUUAGUCUAUAGAAAGAGCGUUAUUUUGCUUUAUAUGUAACCAUUUGAUUCCAAUAUUCUUGCUCACUAUUACUUGAAUCUCUAGUCUUUAAUAAACAUAUUCUUGUUUUCACUAUAAACACUA